CAGAUGACCAAGACAGUUUAAAAGAAAUCGCAUGUAUUACUGCGUUUGACCAUGAUUUAUCAGAUGAAAAUAAUGGAUUAACUUAUUACCUGGCUCACCUAACAAGAGGAUUUACCAUGAAUCCCAUUAGUGGAAGACUCUUCAUGAAUUGCACAGAGUUAUUGAGGCCUCUGCCAAAAGAAAUUGUAUUAGAAAUUGUUGCAAAGGACUCCGGAAAACCAUCACUUAAUGCAACUUGCUUAAUCAUAAUUCGUUUGACCGAACCAGGUCAUAAUAUGUUAGAUAAACAACACUCUCUUGCCAUUAAAGAAAAUGCAACAGUUGGAACAGUUUUGAUGGCACUAUCAGAUAUAGAUUUAGUAAAUGCAGUUAUCACUGCAACUGAUGGAAUCGGAGUAUUUGAAAUAUCGGAAGAAAGAAUUAUAUUAGUCAAAUCUCUUGACCGUGAAACUAAAGAAAGGUAUUUUAUUCAGUUGGACUCUAAAAACGAAAAUUCAACCAAGGCAUUUUUCAAUGAAGGCCCAGUAACUGUUGUUAUCAACAUCAGUGAUGUUAACGAUAACCAUCCUUAUUUUACUCAAGAUCUCUAUCAAGUAGUUAUUAAUGAAGAUACACUAAUAAAUACUACUAUUAUAAGAGUACAGGCGAAGGAUUCUGAUUAUGGAUAUAAUUUAUCAUCAGCAGUAAAAUAUACUAUAACUUCUGGAAAUGAUGCUAAUUUUUUCAAAAUCAAUCAACUUUCAGGAUCAGUUUGGGUAAACAGAAAUCUUGAUUUUGAUCUAGGGCCAGAACUACACCACCUCACUAUUAUGGCUUGUGACAGUGAUAUUAUAAAUCCUCUUUGUACUUGUACACGCUUGCUCAUUAAGCUUGAAGAUGUCAAUGAUAAUUUGCCAAUAUUUCCUGUAUCUGAGUAUUUUAAGUACAUUGGUGAGAACGAGCCUGUUGGAACAAAAGUAUUUACUGCUCAUGCGUUUGAUUAUGACCGCAGUAUUGAUAGAAACCUUAAUUAUUCUAUUUUAUCAACGGCUUCAUAUAUUUUUUCUAGUUUGGUUGAAGAUUAUAAACUAUUCUCAAUUAAUGCAAUUACAGGAGUUGUAACGACUAAAAAUGUUUUUGAUUAUGAAAAAAAACAUCAUUACGUAUUCACGAUUUGUGCAACAGAUAAUGGUGGUCAUACUGCCACUGCCAAAAUUAACGUUGAUAUUGAAUCACGAGAUGAGUUUUAUCCUCAGUUUACUCAGCGAUUAUAUCGAUUUGAUAUAAAAAGAGAUUUCAAUAUAUCUGCUAGUAUAUCGAUUGGUAACGUGAAAGCUACUGAUGAGGAUAAGGGUCCAGAUGGUUACGUUUUAUACCAUUUUUUAAAACAUGAUCCUUUUUUUAAACUGAAUAGAACAACAGGCGAAUUAGCGUUAAAAAUGAAGUUAGGGUUAGUCGACACAAGAUCCUUAAAUUUUUAUAAACUAUAUGUUUGUGCUAACUCAGGAAGAAAAAAUUCACUGUCAAAUAUAACAGUUGUAGAAAUAUUUAUCAUAAAAAAUGUAGUCAAGCAAAAUUUAAACAAAACUUCUACGUUUCCACUACCACCAAGUAAAGAUAUAAAUUUAUCUGACUCUACAGACGAUAGCUUGGCAUAUUGGAUAUCGUUAUUUUUUACGUUUUUUCUUCUACUUGUUUUAACUGUCAUUUCGAUUUUUAUAUAUUUUAAUACAUUAUACCAAAAUAAUAAAGAUCUCCAUGAAAAAUCCAUUCUGUCAAGUGAAUGUAGUCCCGCUAUGAUUAGCAGCCAUACUAAUUCUAGCGUUUUCCAUAGCAUCGCGAUUAAAAAUAAUAUUGGAAUAAAGGAAAGUGAUAGUAAUAGUAGUGUGCACAAAGUGUAUGAAAAUGAAGCCACUUGCCAAUUCUUAUUACCAAAAUAUGAUGAAAUACCUUUGUAUAGAACCUCCAUUCCUCGAAUUCAAGCUCUGUCAGAAUCAUCAACUAGUAUACAAUCUGGAUCUUCAGGCCAUGGCUCUGCUGAAGACGAUGAUGAAGAUGAUGCAGAAAUAAACAGUUUUGAUGAUGAACAGCAAGCUAAUGAGAUGACAAGCGAUCUCUUAGUAAACAAUACGAAAGAAUAUUUAGCUAGAUUAGGUAUUGUAGAUUCACCUAUAAAUAUUCUUCGUGAACCUUCCAAAAUAAUUCCACUAGAAACAUUACGUUUAAUUGAAGUUGAAACUACAGCAGAAGCUGAAUUUGCUAGAUUAUUAUGUGGAAAAAUAAGAGGAUCAAAUAGAUCAUUCUCAGAUUUAGACAUAGAAAGCCUGUCGAUAAAUAGAUCUUUUAGUUCUAUAGUUUAUAGAGAAGAAGACCUUAUCAAGUUGUAUGAUUGGAACAAUUUCAUAUACUCAGAACUACAAUAUCAGUCACUAGCUCAUGUUUUUCAUGAAAUCGCUGCACUCCCAACCCAUACAAAUAAUGAAGUAAAUGAAAGUUCAAAUUAUUAUAUUUUACAAGUAACACCAUCAUUAACUUCAGUCCCAACGACAACACUUAAUGUACCGAUCAUAGCAAGAACAAUUUCACCAAGAUUACCGAUUACUCAUGAUAAUGCGACUUUCCAAUCUGUUGCUUUAUGUCCUAGUUUCUCUCCCUCUUUAUCCCCACUAACUACUAGGACUUCUAGUGUAAGCCCAUUAGUUCCUACAACAUCAAGAUGUCACCGUACUACGAGAGGUAUUUCUAUCAAUGCAACAAAUAUUUAGACUUUAUGCGUGAUAUUUAAGAGAUUUAUUACUUGUAGACUAUAAUUUUCAAGAAAAACUAAUUUUCUCCAAUAAAUCGAACAGUUUAAAAGCCAUAUGUGAAGUGACUGUCUUUAUUCCAAUAAAAGGUUGUCGAUGUUUCACUCCUCAAGGAAGCCCAUUCAAGAUAUAUCAAGAGCCCUACCUAUGUACGUG